AUGUGUGUCAAGAAUUUGUGUCCGCCUGUCCGGGCUGUGCCUCUGCCUGUGACUUUGACUUUCCAACUCCUCUUCCAAUCAAGAACAACAGCUGCACCUCUCUUCGUAGAUCUGGUGUACGACCUCCCAACUGUCUACUAUUGUUGUGUGUGGAAUGGGGGAAAAGUUUUGUAUUCAUACAACAGUGGGGGAGAUCACGAGAUUGAAAAUUUGGCUGCUUUAUGUUUGGAAAAAGCUCCUUCUCAUCACAAAUGGUACUUUCAGACCAUGUUCAAGAAAACUUUCGGGUUCCUAAUGGAAGAUGGGUAUGUCUAUUUUGCCAUAAUAGAUUCGACUCUUGGUAACCCUGGAAACCUCGACUUCUUACAACAUCUUAGAGACGAGUUCAAGAAAGUUGCUAAAAAGGGAUCAAAUCUAAGCUUUACAAAUCUGAAUAAUUCAGUCGUUUUGCAAGAACAGUUAGUCCCAAUUAUUCGUCGAUUAAUUGCCUCGUUAGAACAUGUAACAGAGACGACAUCACCUUACAAUGAAGGUCUCUCUCCUUCCCCUAUAAGCAAUGAUAACAAUGGUAAUCAUGAUAAUGGGAUUUCAACAAAAGCCCCUUUAUUGGGAAAAUCCAGCAAACAAGAGAAGAGAAAGAUGAGGGAUCAUGUGAUUACAGUGAGAGAAAAUGGGGUGGCGGAGGAUCACCGAAAGUCUGCAGAUAAAGGGGGCACAAAGGCGGAUUUGGCAAGUUUGGAUUCUAUUAAUGAAGUUGGAUCUAUGACAGGUGUCACUUUGACAAAAGAAUGGUGUGUCGGGGUACUGAGUGUAUUCGUUAAGGAAAUUCGCAUUCGCGCAUAUUUCUUCUUUGAAAUUAGUAUAUGGAAGCUGCACGUGAUUCCCGAUUUGAGAUUCAAAUUUUACAAGCUAUUUGAUGGAGGUCUUGUGAUUGAUCCUUGA